AAAAAAUUGUAUUCAGUUUGUUUCUUUACAAAGGCAGAGCGCAAGAAGAUUUUCUUUUGUUCGUCAAAAUUUUCGACAAAAAACAAAUUUAAAAUUUGUAACCAAGAAAUGCUUUAAUAUUUACCGGAAUUCUAUAUUUGUAACAUUUUUAAACAAUAUUUUAUAAUACAAAUUCGCACAGCAAUUUUUGACUAGCUGGGUAGUCAAAAUUAAAAAAAAGAAACCGAAAUAAUCCAUAUUCAACAACAGCCACAGUUGCCUUCGACUAUCAAUCCAUAUCAUCUAAAGCGGCGAAAAAAACCAAAAUCAGCAGCAUUUGGAAUCCUUGAAUCUGGGCCAAAGCUACACAUACAUAUAUCUAGUCACAAUUGUAGAUUAUAGAUCAAAGGAUCUACGAAAAUGAAUUUGAAAAAUUCCAAAUUCUUCAGGCGUAUUCAGGAGUUGCGUCGUCUCUCCAAGGAGAAAUUGCGUAAAGAGAAAAAUCGCGGAAUGCGCGUCGAUUUCGAGUUGGAGAGGAUCUUGAAGGAGCGAAACGGUAAUUGUGUGUGCAUGACGCAGCUUGAUAAGAGUAACGACGACGAGAUGAAGGGGGAGAAUGAAUAUUCUAAUGAAAGCGAAAUCAUUGAGAAAAGUGAAAGCAUAUCCGAUGGCUUAAUCCAAUUGAAUAAUGUGUGCUUCCGUUUGAAAUGUGUCAAUUCGCUAAAAUCAUCACCGGCAAUACGAGAUGAGGUGCCAGUUAUGCCUAAAAUCAAAGGCACCAUUUGUGUUUCCAACUCUCGGUUUAGCAUGAUUGGUCGAGUGUCGAAAACGCUGGGUUUCAAACUAGUUAAAGAAUCCAAUCUUUGGAAUAUCUUGUGGAUGGACUCACUGCCGGGGGUAGAAUUGUACAAGAGCAUGAAACGUUUCCAACAGAUCAACCACUAUCCAGGCAUGAUGGAGAUAUGUCGCAAAGACUUGCUCUCGCGAAAUUUAAACCGAAUGCUGAAAUUGUUUCCACGAGAAUAUAAAAUAUUUCCGAAAACAUGGAUAUUUCCAGCUGAUUAUGGUGAUGCCUUAAAUUAUGCGAGCAACAAUAGCAAACACAAGCAACGCACAUUUAUUAUCAAACCUGAUUCGGGCGCGAUGGGUCGUGGAAUUUGGUUGACGAACGAUCUGAAACCCAUAAAUCCUUCGGACCGUAUGAUUUGUCAAACUUACAUUAAUAAGCCCUUAUUGAUUGAUGGCUACAAGUUCGAUUUGCGCGUCUAUACGCUUAUCACUUCAGUCGAUCCAUUGCGUAUCUUUGUUUACAAUGAAGGCUUGGCACGCUUUGCCACCAACAAAUAUGUCGAGCCCACAUCGGAGAACAGUUCCGAUUUGUUCAUGCACUUGACCAACUAUUCGGUAAAUAAGCGCAGCUCUCAAUAUGAUUUAUGCGACAAUGACGACUGCGGCAGCAAACGCAAGUUCAGUGCCAUCAACAACUGGUUGCGCAGACAUAAUUACGAGGUUGACGGGUUUUGGGGGAAAAUCGACGAUAUUAUAAUUAAGACAGUGCUCAGCGCUUGGCCGAUGCUGAAGCACAACUAUCAUGCCUGCUUUCCGGCACACGACAAGAUCCAGGCAUGUUUCGAGAUACUCGGUUUCGAUAUAUUGGUCGAUUCGAAAAUGAAACCAUACGUACUGGAAGUGAAUCACUCGCCGAGCUAUCACACGCACGAGUUGGUCGAUCGGCAGGUGAAGAAAGCGCUGAUACGAGAUACGCUAUUGAUGGUUAGUACGCCUUUGGCCAACAAAAAGGAGAUACUACGUGAGGACCGUAAGCGGAUUAAAGAACGGCUGCUCAAAUUGAAGCAAUGUGACACAAUAUUGAACACACAGCGACAGUCGCCAAUCACAAGCAAUAACACCGCGUUGGAGGGUGUUAGCAACAGCGAAACAACGGCUGUCGGGGUACCGCCACCGCAAGAAGAACCGCCUCAAGAUGCCGGGCUCAGUGCACUGUCGCAACAAAUUGCUUGGGAGGAGAGUCAUUUAGGAGACUUUCGUCGGAUUAUGCCCCCACAAGAUCCUGAUCGUCUCAACUACUAUUGCCAAUUCUUUGCGCUGCAGAAUCAGGCGUCAAUAUACAGUGAGACUGCGGCCAGCAAGAAACGCGAAGAGGUUGCAAAGAAAAUGCGUCUAGAAAUUGAAGAAAAACGGCAGCGCCAACUGGAAAUAAUCUCACGUCAGAGACGGCGUAUAAAGCUUGAGGAGCGACGCCGAAAACGUACCCCCAUUCCACGUGCGAUAUCCGAACGAAAUCGACUGACGCGUUUUCGAGUGCAAGAGAAUUGGACGCCUGGCUUCAUAUCGGAGGCAGAAGAACGCUUACGUCGCACUUGGAUGCAGAUGCGUAGCGAAAUGUUGCGUAACAAUAAAAUUGUGCAAGUGAUCUACAAAGACUUCUACGAUGGUGGCAAUCUAACCAAUGCGGAUAUCAUUACUUAUUCAGAAUUAUACCGUUGUUUAGAGCGUGGUGUGGAUAUUAUGAGUGAAAACUGAAUUUUUGGUAGAGUCGUUGUAUGGAAAAGGUUUUUGAUCGAACUUCAAUGGUAAUGCCAAUUUUGCUCAAAUGUUCUCAUUUAUACAAAAAUAAUUGUAUAUUUUGUUAGUCCAUGUCUAUUCUUGCCUUUUGACUUUUAAGUUUUCUUUUUGUAUUCUGAAUUUGUGGAGCUUGAUAAUGCACUAUGUGGCCUAUGCCUAAGACCGAUUUCCCCUUGAAAAAUAUAGAAAUUUUUGUACAUAUCGCAA